GACAUAGCAUCAUCGUAGAUGAGCUUUCCAUUGCAGUUCACUCAUCUUACUCGAUAUGUCAUUGACGCGCUUUAAGCUGGUUUUUUUCACUCCAAGCAGCUCAACACGCAAAAUCUUAGACCACCUCUUCGAAAAAUAUCCAGAAGAAUUAGGCAAGAUCGGUCAGUACGACCAGUGCGCGUUCAUCUCACGCGGAACCGGCCAGUUUAAACCCGCUCUUGGGGCCAAUCCAGCGAUCGGCUCCGUGGGCAACUUAGAGUUCGUGGAAGAAGAUAGAGUCGAGCUGGUGGUGAAUGACAAGGGAGGGGAACAUCUGGAAUUGAAGAAAACUAUCACAGAACUGAAGAGCGUUCAUCCAUAUGAAGAAGUCGCAUACGACGUGUACCCGCUCGCAGACUUUUAG